AUGUUCCACAAGUUGGCUGUCUGCACGGCCGUGAUCGCGGCUGUACUCUCCGACGAGACGUUGGCUGUGCCCCAAGGGACUUCGCUCCCACCCUCAACUACUGACGGAAGCCCCGAAGGCCCGUACAUGCCCGCGGGCACUGAAGGGUAUCCCCCUAUAACCCCUUCUGCCAUGAACCCCGUCAAGGAGACGAGCUCGCACGUGUCCGACUGCGAGCCGAACUUCCCUCCCGAACACAAGAACGAAGAGCAGGGGACCGAAGAUGCCAAGGUCCCGACCAUCCCCGCUGGAAGUUCAGCUCCUUCAGUGGAAACACCUGAACUUCCUCCAGUGAUAACACCCGUGAAGCCCCAACCUUCACCAGCGGCAUCACCCAAGGAGCCUCAACCCUCUCCGGUCGCUCCUAGCAGUUCGACCCCGGAGGGUCCAGCUGCCAAGACUGGCGUUGCAAUGGACGAGGAGGAGGAGAAGGAGGAACAGAAGACGAAGGACGAGGAGCCUGAGCACGCUGCUCAGCAUGUCGAGACCCAGUCGACUGACGACAGCGAGAACAGCAAGUUUUCGGGCUCGGCGGGGCUCAUGAUUGCCGGGGUCGUGGCAGCGGUGGCUGUGGUGGGGCUGGCCGUGUCCCAAGUGAAGAAAGCGCGCGAAACCGACGCGGCGCUCGCCACCCCGGGCGACCAUGAGAACAUUCACAUUGAGAUUAGACGCACGCCUGACGGCGGCAGCACGAUUCUGUGA